GGUAGAUUACCGUUUUAAGUGAAGUCGUAAAUAAAAAGGCACUAAAUGACGUAAAGAAACUAAAAUAAUCUUAUUUGAGGAGCAACCGAGCAAGUAAAGUUAGGUGGCAUAUGAUGCAUGCCCUCACAAAAAGACGGUCCCAGUUCAUACUUUCCCAGAUGUGAACAGACUUGUAGACCCUCUCCCCGUUAGGUAAUCACUCAGUUUGGGUAAAGUCAGACACAACAGGCAUGGAUUUUCGCCGUAUCAUUAUCAUACAAAAAAGCCCUCUUCUCUAAACAGGUUUAUAUUCUAAGUUAUCUGAAGGCAAACUACUUCUAAAAAUAUCAACCCUUCAAACGGCACAAAGACAUCCACUCCGGAAGGGUGCGCAUCUGUUUAAAAAAAAAAAAAAAAAGUUUUCUAACUCAAGACGUCAACCGAAUGGAAGGAAGUGACGCAGUUGCAAAACGGCCUUUGCUGACAUUUUUAAUCAGUAAGGAAAGAUGUAGACAGUUGUUAAAUUAUUUAUUUAGCUUUUUUCGUUAGUAGUUGGUCUCUUUUGUAAAAUGAGUCUUAAAUGACACAUAGCUUGCAUUAAGCGUUACACGGAAUGCUGUAAAAUUGAAGGGAAGGUCGGAUUUCCAGGUCGUCCAACGAUACAUGGAGUGCCAAAGAAAUAGCAUCUCCUGUGCAGCAGUUGGGUCUGUAUUCAAACUGGAGUGGAUCGAAGUCUGCAGGUUGUUCUCUUCAGUCUUUGCAUUGGGUUGUUUGCUUCCAUGAUUUGAGAAAAGUUUUACUUGUGUGAAAUGAAGAUGGAGGCUGUGCGAAAAGCUGACGUGCUUGUUGAGUCUGAAGUACUCUCUUCUAACUUUGAGGAAGUGAAGUCCCAUGUUGAAUCUGGACAGAGAAAAGAAACUGCAGUAAAAGAAAAUCACAUUGUUACAGACUCUAAUGUAUUAUCUUCUAUGCCUUGUUUGCUUAUGGAACUCAGAAGAGACUCUUCAGAAUCUCACCUUGCUUCCACAGAGAGUGAUAAACCAGCAGCAGGCAGGGCUUAUGAGAGUGACUCUUCAAACCAUUGUAUAUUAUCCCCUUCUUCGAGUGGGCAUUUAGCAGACUCCGACACAUUGUCCUCUGCAGAAGAACAUGAGAUAUCUUUAGCAGUAACUGGCACUGGAGACGCUUCAGGAGUAACAGGCACAUCAGUUGGGCGGAAAUCGAGGAGGUCUAGGUCUGAAAGUGAAACCCCCACAAUGGCAGCAAAGAAAAACCGUCAGUCAAGUGAUAAACAGAAUGGUAGAGUUUCAAAGGUGAAAGGCCAUAAGAGCCAAAAGCACAAAGAAAGGAUCCGUUUGUUAAGACAGAAGAGGGAGGCAGCAUCUCGUAAGAAGUACAACUUGCUGCAGGACAGCAGUACCAGUGAUAGUGACCUUACGUGUGACUCAAGUACUAGUUCUUCUGAUGAUGAAGAGGUUUCAGGAAGCAGUAAGACAAUCACAGCUGAGAUUCCAGGUCCUGUAGGAGUUGGAUUGAUAGUUGGUGACAAAUCCACAUGUGGUCCUGUUUCAGUUAAUGAAGAAAUUAACCUUCCUUCUUCAGACAGUGAAGUGGAAAUAGUUGGUGUGCAAGAAAAUGCAAGGUUUGCUCAUCCUAGAGGAGGUGUUAUUCAAACUGUCUCAUCGUGGAAGAAUGGUUCUAGCACCCAGUAUCUCAAUGCUCAGCCAGUGCCAUGGACAACCGUGUCACCCCCAGAGCACUGGUCUUCACCCCCAGAAGUAGUUGACCUUACUCUGGAUGAAGAUGCUAGGCGCAAAUAUUUGCUAUGAUAACAAUGGCACUCUUGUUUCUGUUUUUAUUUUGUUGUAGAGCAUAAAACCAUUAUCCUUGCCUUCACAAGUUCCCACUUCUAGUAUUGUAUUUCAGUCUGUUGCUAACUUCCUCCUUAGAAUUUGACUCUUUUUUAACAUAACAAUAUCAGUGCAGCACUGAGGCAGAAGUAUGCUUUUAGCAUGAAAUGUGUUUAAAGUUUUACUUUGAGUGGGAUUCAAAAGUAUUGAAUCAAAAUAAGUAUCUCCCUUUGGCAAUUCCUUUUUCAGUUGGUCAUUUUAGUAAUUGCUCUGUUAAUCUGCUAAAUAUUCAGCAAAAUUUGCAAAAAUUUUAAAGUUCAUUUAAAACCAUUGCCAGUUUUCUUUUUGAGUAGGGAGUAGUAAUUUAAGAAAUGUGCACUUUUUUUUAGCUUUCUGUUUUUUGCACCUUCCUCUCCCUAGCCUAAGAAAUGACUGACAGCUGAUGAAAGCAUGCCCCUGUUUUGUCUUACCCGGGUUAGAUUUUCAUACCUAAAACAUGUUGCAUUCUGCUAGUUUAUGUACUCAGUGCUACAUAAUACCAGAGGAACUGAAUUUUACAUUGUGGAAACUGUCUUUCCUUGUAAUAAUUCAUUUGCAUUUGUCAAAGCACUUUUCAUUUAAAUUUUGUAACACCACUUACUGCCCACUGGGUCUAUUUCUCCAUUCAACUGCCCUGUUUGAGGGAGAUGCUACUUACUCGAUGUAUAUAUAACAUAUGUGAGGUGUCCACUGGGAGAAUACAAGGUCUAGUUUUGAUGAGAAGAUCUGGACUAAAUGAAAAGUAAUGAUCUCAGAAGAUAACUGUCAUAGAUGCAGGAUGCCAGCCAAGGCGUAACAUCAGCCCAUGACAUACCAUUAUCUUUCUUCCCAUUCAGGUAAAAACGUGCAAGGAAGUGGUUUCAUCACAGGAAACGGUCAACAUACUUCGGUUUGAAUUUGUAUCUUGAGAGUUCCCUUUGUUUUGUGAACCUUUCUCUCAGCACAUUAUUUUCGGGCUUUGUGGAGCCUUGACUGUCUGUAAUAUGUUUAACCAGUAAGCAGUGUGACAGCGUUAAUGGCAGUUGCCUGGUUGAUUUUAUUUUGCAGUAUGGCAUACUGGUUCUGUUUGUUUUUUUGUUUUCUUUUUUUUUUUUAAUUUAUGUGAAAUAUAAGUAGUUUACCGUCUGAUCUUCAACAGCUACUUUGAUUUGCAGUUUAUUUAAAAGAGCCCUCAUGAAGUUAAGUUGCUAACAACUUUUUCUCAUUGUAAUGUGUUAAUGCCAUACUGUUGCGGGUACUGUUCCUUAAAAUAUUUAAAAGGGCCAUUUUGCUUUUAAAUUUGCUAUAUUUUCCAUUUUCACGUCCUCAAUAUUGUGAAGUAAUUAGUCUUUUAUAGAAAGAUCUGCAAAUGUUUAGCUCUGUGAUAAAACUGAAAAGCAGCUUGGGUUCAGUUUGUUUCAUUUUAAUAGUGAGAAAAUCUGCUGUUAGUGAAAUAUCAUGUUGCAUCCCAUGGGAUUCUGUGACCCUCAGCCAAAUAUUGAGCUGGUAAAAUCCAACUGCUCAGUACAGUUGUGUAUCUUGGCAUUAUCUUUGCUAAAGAAAAAUAAAAACUUUCUUGAGCUGCA